UGACAUUGAUUGGUGAAAACUAAAACGAAAUCAAUUACGGUUUAAAACGACCCAUAACAUCCUAGAACUUUCAAGUUUCGUUUCUUUACCAAGUGUUAACUCAGUAUGAUGGUAAUGACAACACAUUGAUCAGCUGGUAAUGAUAUGAGAAAAGUCAUGGCACAUGUUAGAUGGGCUUUUAAUUUCACAGCAUGGACACCAGGCCAAACAGAAUGGACCUUCUGUAACCAGUGUAUACAAAAGGAAGAAAGAGAACGAAUAAAAAAAUUCUACUUCACUAAAGAUGCAAAAGCUGCAAUGAUAGGUCGACUGUUGAUACGAAAUUUAGUUGCCGAAUACACAGAUAUUCCAUACAAGGAUAUACAGUUAUCUAGGACAGAGAAAGGAAGGCCUUAUGUGUUGAACAGAAGCCUUCCGUUUGAUUUUAAUGUAUCUCAUCAGGGUGAUUACGCUGUGAUAGGAGCUGAGUCGGACACCAUAAUCGGGACUGAUGUUAUGAAAUUAGAACCACCUCGAUCUUCUGGUGUUGGUAAAUUUUUUGACACAAUGAAUCGACAGUUCUCAAAAGAUGAAUGGAAGAUUAUCAAGUCACCUGCCAUGGAAACAGACCAGCUGAAAUUAUUUUUUAGACACUGGUGCCUGAAAGAGAGUUAUGUAAAAGCCCUUGGAAUUGGUAUUGGUUUUGAGAUACACAGGUUGAACUUUAAGCUGAACACAUUAAACCUCCCAUCAGAUAGACCACUGACAAAUACUACAUUAAAAGUUGACGAGAAAGAAGAAAAAGACUGGAUAUUUGAAGAGCAUUUACUGGAUGACCACUGUAUGGCAGUGGCUUACAAAAAGGCACACGAUGAUCAGAUAGAAGCAAGUAAAAACUUUUCCAUUUUGGAUUAUCAAACAAUCAUACAAGGUGCUGUCCCUUUAUGUGAUCCAGAAGAACAAUACUGGAAUGAUUUCUGUGAUAAGCCGAAGAAUCCUGAACUAUUGAAAAAGUCUAAUAAAUCUUGACAUUUGUA